AUGGCCAAAUGGGAAAUACGUGCCGACUGCCGACUGGAGAAGUGGAGAUUGACGAGAUACGGGAGAGACCGACUCCGAUUGCGAGUCUGCGACUUCUCCCACUCUCACCCAAGACGCGGCCGACAAGGCGACGGCCCACAUUUGACGUUUCCUGUCACCGCCGCCGACGCCCUUCCGCCUGCCACAUCCUUUCACCGGUCUUCAUUCUUCUCGAAUCACGACAGUCGUGAGUCGACUGUGUCUUCGAGUCUCGAUAGUUCAUAUUCGUGUAUACGGUCUGUGACUUCACAUCCCCUGAUUACCGGGAAUAUAUUUCAAUGUCAAUGAAUGAAGAGUUGAAGGAAAUUAAUGGAUAUUGAAGAUGUAGUGAAUUGAUCAUAUAUUUUUUGGACAUGUCGGUAUUUUAUAUUUGUAAUUUUGGAUUUGUCGUAUUUUGCAUUUGUAAUGUUGGAUUUGUCUUUGUAAGAUUGUUGGAAUUGUCGUUUUGUAAUGUUGGAUUCGUAAUGUUGGAU